AUGUCAAACGAUAUCAUUCAAGUAGUUAUUGGCGUUCUUGCUUUGCAAGGUGCAUUCAUCGAACAUAUGCAUAUGUUAAAGAAAAUCCCUCAAGUCAAGGAUGUCAUUGCUGUACGCACAGAGGAACAAUUGAAACAGGUGGAUGCAUUGAUCAUUCCUGGAGGUGAAUCUACUUCGAUGGCUCUUAUUGCCGAGCGUUGCAACAUGCUCGAGCCACUCCGUGCUUUUGUUCAACAGAAGCCUACUUGGGGUACUUGCGCAGGCAUGAUCAUGCUCGCCAAGGAAGCACAUGGAGCCAAAAAGGGUGGUCAACAGCUAUUGAAUGCCUUGGAUGUCUCUGUGAAUCGCAACCAGUUUGGUUCACAAAAGGAAAGUUUCAAGACACUGUUACAUUUACCAGAUAUUCUCGGACAAGAGCCAUUUGAUGCUGUCUUUAUCCGCGCACCUGUCAUUUCUGAAAUCAAAUCUCCCAACGUCAAGGUAGUUGGUCGUUUAGAACAAAAGGUGGGACAAACAGAGGCAGAAACCGCUGUAGCUGUGCUCCAGGAUCACUUGUUUGCCACUGCCUUUCAUCCAGAAUUGACCAAUGAUAAUCGUCUUCAUGAAUUCUUUGUUAAUCUGGCCAUCAAGUAUAAGCAAUAA